AUGAUUGAAAACGGAAGAGAUUUUAUACUUGAACAAUGUUCAUUUUCACAUCGAUAAUAUUACUCGUUUAUCCGAUGUUUACUUGAAAACACACCUCCCGUUAAGCAUCAAUAAUUCGAAGAAUUUAAAACAAAAAUUGUUAAAUACUCUCUCUCUUCUAAUUAAAUUACAUUCGAAAAAAUGCAUCCAGUGUGUGUGUAGAAUGUAUUACAAUUGUGUUUGAUCAUCAGUUACACAUCCACUCACAUGUCUAUGAUAUUGUUAUGGGUGUGCUUGUUUGACACACUCAUUCUGUUUUUAAGUUAUUAAGUCACUUAAGUUAAGUGCAUUACACUCGAACUUACGAUAUCGAUCGGCGAAUUAAAAAUAUAGAUGAUUUAAGGAACGAUCGUGCUAGAGUGCAUACAAACUUGGCACAAAAUUAUUGCUCACAAAAGGAAAAGAGAUUGCGGCUUUAAGUUAAAAGCUUCAACCUUCAUUGGAAAUUACAUAAUGACAGAGUAUAAGCUUGUAGUUGUGGGAGCUGGAGGUGUUGGCAAAUCUGCGCUUACAAUCCAACUAAUACAAAAUCAUUUUGUAGACGAAUAUGAUCCCACUAUAGAAGACUCUUAUAGAAAACAAGUAGUUAUAGAUGGAGAGACAUGCCUUUUAGACAUAUUAGAUACAGCUGGUCAAGAAGAAUACAGUGCAAUGAGAGACCAGUAUAUGAGGACUGGAGAAGGAUUUUUAUUAGUCUUUGCUGUAAAUUCGGCUAAAAGUUUCGAAGAUAUAGGAACGUAUAGGGAACAAAUAAAAAGAGUUAAAGAUGCAGAAGAAGUACCAAUGGUGUUAGUAGGGAAUAAAUGUGAUCUUCAGCAAUCUUGGGCAGUAAAUAUGACACAAGCAAGAGAAGUUGCCCGUCAGUAUGGUGUGCCUUUUGUUGAAACUUCGGCUAAAACUAGAAUGGGAGUGGAUGAUGCUUUUUAUACCUUGGUGAGAGAAAUACGGAAAGAUAAAGAACAUAGAGGUAAAGAAAAAAAGAAACGGAUGAAGACGGGUAACUCAAGCCGUAGGAAACAUCGGUGCUGUUUGCUUUAAAUCACUGAAUAAUGUUAAUUCUCUCAUUUGGUACAUUAAUAUGGAAAUAGAACGUAAAAAACAUUAGAUUAUGUUCACUUUACGCACAUUUUUGCAGCUUCCUCUAUAGAAUAUUGUAAUAAAUUACAGGCACAAUUUUUUCUAUACAUUGGGAGGGAUAAAGAACAAAAUAUAUAAUAGUAUUGUAUUAUAUCGCAUACAUUUUUACUCUUGACGAUAAAUUUCAUAAAAUACAUUAUUUGUUCAACGGUCUGCCAUAUAACUCUUAAUAUUCCAUUAGCAGGAAAAUUUUAACCCUUGAUUGCGUAGAAUAGUCAGUAUCAAAAAAAUAUCUUCUAGGCCAUCCACUUCUUUUAUUAUAUUAAACAUGGAAAAAGUAUUAUCUAAUCAAAGAAUUCUAUUAGUAUUGUGGAUGGAAAAAAUAUGUCAUUUGUUAAAUUUAACAAAUUCCAUUUUAUAUAUUUUAUUCAGAUAGUUCGUAAUUUUUUAACUUAUUAAUUAAAUAUGUUUUUAUUGUGUAUUUUUUCAUUUUAGCGUGCAUAAUAAAAGAUUACAUUUUCCUAAACAAAAAGAUACAAGCCAUAAAACUCAAAAAACUAAAACGUGGAUAACUCAUUUUGUGCUGUGAUGAAGUAAUUUUAAGCAUGCCAUGCUAGUUAGAUAUUACUGUAAUUAAGUAUGCAAUUUUCACAAAAACGCCUAUUUACUAUUUUAAUAGUACAUAGUUGGUGUUUUCUUUUCUUAGUGCAAUUAAAAACGUAUACUUGAGAUUUCUUAUAUCUGUAGAAACUAACAGGAUAAGUUGUUAAUUUCUAUAGCAAUGUUUUUAUACGUUUGCAGUAGGGAAUGAUUGGUAGAUAUGAAGUUAUUCUGAUUGUUGUAUAAAUAUAAGCGUCAUUUUUAUCGAUCAUUGUUGUUUCCAUGUAUAAUAAAAAAAAAACACCUACAAAAACUAUAAUUUUUUUUAGGGAUUAUAUUGCAAACCAGAGUGAAAGUUUCCAUUGAUAUUUGAAUGUCUAUUAUCGCCUGUAUGUAAUAGUAACGAGAUAUCGCAUUUUGCCACAUCUUUUUAUCUCUUCAUCUUAUCAUUUUCACGUUAUCUUAGUCACGAUUGUAUUACGAGAAACAAAUAAUUUUAAGGCAUUAUAAAUAUCAAUUGUAAACUUUUAUUGUAAUCAUAAACUUUAAUAUUUGUUCAGACAAUAAUGCCAUCACAUUUCAACGAGACAUGUAUGUAUAACAUAAAGGAUCCAUUUUUUUCUAUAAAAUCUAUACCGAAAUAUUUAAUGGAAUAUCUAAGAUCAUACUUACAUACAAUCGUGUCUCGGGUCUAACUGAAUUUUGAACAAUCAAGGGUUAAAUACUUUGCUGAAUGAUUUAAAUAGUACAAUUUGCAAAUAUUCUUAUAUAUAUGUAAACGCGCAAAUUUGUAAUACUAGCUUUUUCAAAUGUCGAAGAUAUAAAUAUAUAAAAUUGCACAGCAUAGGUGUUAUUAUGUAGUUCAAAUUCGUAAUAAAACUUUGUACAAAACGUGUUCUUUAUAUUCAUUCUAUCUUGAAUGAUUGUCAUUAAAUAUUAAUUAUUAUAAGUCAUCUAUGCUGUUUGGUUUUAUAACAUUGAAAGAGCAAUCGACAAAUCGUUGUUUGAUCAAUUUUAUUCUUACGAUGUGUAUAUAUAUCAAAUAAUGUUAUUCAAAUCAAAUGGUACUAAUAUUGAAAAAUUAAAUUUCUAAAUCAAAAUUCAUGCGUCUUUAUCAUAUUUAGCAUGUUUAGUGUCAACUUUGAUGCUCACGCGUAUUGGGAAACAUUAAACGCGUAACACUGUUUAA